CAAUGUCAUCGUGACGUUCAGCUAGCUACCGUUCAUCUCGAUAAGGACGUUCACCGGCUGGAGCGUCUCUUCACUGACUCGUCCAUCAUCCACCAGCGUGUGGUUCCAAAAACAUGGCGGCUCUCAAAGCUUUGUACAGAGCGGAGACUGUGCUCUUCAAAAACCUACCAGGUCCCCGCAGAGCCAAAGUAAACUUGGCUAGCCACCAGGUCAGCAAGACCUGUGGCUGUUUCUUUUCCACUUCCAACCAGAGAAGUUCACAGUUCUACUCAGAUCCUGUAGAUGCAGUGAAAGAUAUCCCUGCUGGAGCUACCAUUCUGGUGGGAGGUUUCGGAUUAUGUGGUAUACCAGAGAAUCUUAUCAACAGUUUACUGAAGACUGGUGUUAAAGGUGUCACUGCUGUCAGUAACAAUGCUGGAGUGGAUAACUUCGGCCUUGGCCUGCUGCUGCAGACUAAGCAGAUCAAGAGGAUGAUCUCCUCAUAUGUUGGAGAGAAUGCAGAGUUUGAGCGACAGUAUUUGGCUGGAGAGCUGGAAGUGGAACUAACGCCACAGGGUACUCUUGCUGAGAGGAUCAGGGCUGGGGGUGCUGGGGUUCCAGCCUUCUUCACUGCCACUGGCUACGGUACUCUGAUCCAAGAGGGAGGCUCUCCUAUUAAGUACAACAAAGAUGGCAGCAUUGCCAUUGCUAGUGAGAAGAGAGAGGUACGAGAGUUCAAUGGAAGGCACUAUGUCAUGGAAAAGGCCAUCACUGGAGAUUUUGCCCUGAUCAAGGCAUGGAAGGCUGACAAGGCAGGAAACAUUGUUUUCAGGAAAACAGCCAGGAACUUCAACCAGCCCAUGUGUAAAGCAGCCAAAACCACCAUAGUUGAGGUGGAGGAGGUGGUGGAUGUUGGAACUUUUGCUGAAGAGGACAUCCACAUACCCAGCAUCUAUGUCCACAGGAUCGUCCAGGGAGCCAGCUACGAGAAAAGGAUUGAGAAACGCACAGUAAAGAAAAGCCAAGAAGACAAGCCUAAACCAAAGAAGGAUUCAGAUAUUGUUCGAGAAAGGAUCAUUCGCAGGGCUGCUCUGGAGUUUGAGGAUGGAAUGUAUGCUAAUCUUGGUAUUGGUAUCCCCAUGCUGGCCAGCAACUUUAUAAAACCUGACAUCACAGUACACCUCCAAAGUGAAAAUGGAAUUUUGGGACUGGGGCCAUACCCCACUGAGGAUGCAGUGGAUGCAGACCUCAUUAAUGCCGGGAAGGAGACUGUCACGGUGCUCCCUGGGGCUGCUUAUUUCUCCAGUGAUGAGUCAUUUGCCAUGAUCCGAGGGGGUCACAUCAACCUGACAAUGCUUGGAGCCAUGCAGGUGUCAAAAUAUGGUGAUCUAGCCAACUGGAUGAUCCCAGGUAAGAUGGUCAAGGGAAUGGGCGGAGCCAUGGAUUUGGUGGCUAGCGCAGGAACCAAGGUGGUGGUCACCAUGGAGCACUCAGCUAAGGGAGGAAAGCACAAGAUUUUGGACAAAUGCAAGCUGCCUUUGACAGGGAAACAGUGUGUGGACCGGAUCAUCACAGAAAAGGCUGUGUUUGAUGUGGAUAAGACAAAAGGCUUGACACUGAUAGAAAUUUGGGAGGGGCUUACUCCUGAGGAUAUCAAGGCAUGCACUGGCACAGAUUUCGAGGUGUCUCCCAACCUCAGGCCCAUGCAACAGAUUUAGAGGAGCUUCCAAUGAAUCUGAGAUGUGUUGGGUUUUUUUUCCUCAUUUGUGUCCCUUCAUGUGUUAGUGAUAAAUAGCUAGUGAUUUAGCAGGCUGAGAUGGGUCAAAUAAGAAAAUGAUAUUAAAACUGGCCUCAUUCUUUGUACGUCUUCCAGGGAAAACGCGACUUUGCUUGUAUUUGAACAGAAAUGGCACAAUAGCUCACCUGAAUCACACUUACUGUAAGAUAGCAAGUUACUGUAAUAAUGUACAACCUACAUGUGAUAAAUAUAGGACACAAGUGUACGAUAAGUCAAAUGAUUUCAACAUUCAUCACAGAAGGGAAUAUGUAUGUGGUUGCUUAAACUUGUGCUAUGCCAAGUAACAAAAAAGGUCUUAACAUUAUGGAUCCAUUGUAAGAUAUCAUUUUGUUUUUCUUCUCUUGGGAAAAAAAGGAGGUGUAGUAAUGUGGAUCUGACUGAGAUAUGUUUGUAACUAUCACCACCUAAAGGUCAACCUGUCUCUUAUUCUCUCAGCUCCCUAUAUUGUUGGUGUAUUGUUGGUAUAUUGAUCAAAUUAGCUAGGAAACAUCAAUUGAACUCAGGCAUUUGCUUUUCUUCUGCAUUUGUACAUACAAUAAAAUACAACAUGGUAUGCAGAGUGAAACAA